AAGCGUCGGUGGAGCUUUCAUCAAUGGCUAUAAAAAAUAAUCCAAAAGAAGGAGAAGAAGAAGAAGAAGAAUCGCUUGAUCUAUAAGCCAUUAAAUCGAAGCAAUAAGGCUUUAUAUUUCUCUUGAGAAAAAGGAAAGAAAAGAAAAAAAAAAAGCUGUUAUUGUUUGAAGAAAAAGAAGUUUUUUCUUUUGUUCUUUCUUUGUUUGAAUAUAACAGAGAAAGAGCCACAGCCAUGGUUGAAUCAAACGAUUCCAUUCCUCUUGAUGCUGAAAAGAUCUAUCUCGGUGGAAAGGAACAUCAUGUACGCACGCGCUGUGGUUCUGUGUCUGUUAUAGUAUAUGGGGAUCAAGACAAGCCUGCACUAAUUACAUAUCCGGAUCUGGCAUUGAAUUAUAUGUCUUGUUUCCAAGGAUUGUUCUUUUGUCCAGAAGCGGCCUCUUUGCUGCUGCACAACUUCUGCAUUUAUCAUAUUAGUCCUCCCGGACAUGAGUUGGGAGCUGCUCAAAUUUGUCCAAGCACUUCCCCGUAUUCUGCUGACGACUUGGCCGAUCAGAUCCUCGAGGUUCUCAACUUUUUCGGGCUAGGUGCAGUGAUGUGCAUGGGAGUAACGGCGGGUGCUUACAUUCUUACUCUAUUUGCUAUAAAAUACAGAGAACGCGUUCUUGGUUUGAUACUUGUAUCCCCGCUUUGCAGAGCACCUUCUUGGACUGAAUGGUUUUAUAACAAGGUGAUGUCGAACUUGUUAUAUUUUUACGGAAUGUGUGGACUGCUUAAAGAAAUUUUGCUUCAACGAUACUUUAGUAAGGAAGUUCGUGGUAAUGCAGAAAUUCCCGAAUCAGAUAUUGUUCAAGCAUGCCGAAGAUUACUGGAUGAGAGAUAUGGGUCAAACGUGAUGCGAUUUCUUCAAGCCAUUAAUAGAAGACCUGAUCUUACCAGUGAGUUGAAAAGGCUAAGAUGCCGUACCUUAAUAUUCGUUGGGGAUAGCUCACCUUUUCAUUCCGAGGCCCUCUAUAUGACAUCCAAGUUGGAUAGAAGAUUUAGUGCCUUAGUCGAGGUCCAGGCUUGUGGAUCAAUGGUGACUGAAGAACAGCCACAUGCGAUGCUAAUACCGAUGGAAUACUUCUUCAUGCGGUAUGGUUUGUAUAGGCCUUGUCAUUUAAGUGACAGCCCAAGGAGCCCGUUAAGUCCGUCUUGCAUCUCACCGGAGCUACUCUCACCAGAAAGCAUGGGUUUGAAGCUAAAACCGAUAAAAACCCGAGUUUCACUCGAAGUUUGACAAGGUGGGGGACUAAAAAAAAAGAUGGAAAAUUUCCUUUUGUUGUUAAGAUUUUACUUGUUUUUCGGUUCAUUUUUGUCUUUUGGAAAAAAGAAAAUCAUGUAUAAGGAUAGAAGAAACACGGUUUGGGUAAGUGGGAGGUGGUGGAGAGGAUGAUGUAGAUAAAGAAGCAAGAAUAUAGGGAUUAUUAUUGUUAUUAUUAAAAUUAUUAUAUAAUAAUGGGUAAAAAAACAUGGAAUCAUUCUUUUGUAGUCAGUCAUAAAGAGGAGUCAAUUGAACUUUGUAUGUAAAUUCUAAGGAGAUUUGGGAUUUUAUUUAUGAUGAAUGAUGAGCAACAAAAUAAUUACAUAUA